AUGAGGUUCUGCCCGUUCGCGCAGAGGACGCUCCUGGUCCUGAAGGCCAAGGGAAUAGAGCAUGAAGUCAUCAACAUCAACCUGAAAAAUAAGCCUGAGUGGUUCUUUAUGAAGCAUCCCUUUGGUCUGGUGCCAGUCUUGGAAAACAGUCAGGGUCAGCUGAUCUAUGAAUCUGCCAUCACCUGUGAGUACCUGGAUGAAGCCUAUCCAGGAAAGAAGCUGUUGCCUGAUGACCCCUAUGAGAAAGCGCGCCAAAAGAUGGUCUUUGAGUUAUUUUCUAAGGUACCACCUUUGUUAACAAGCUUUGUUACAAAGCGAGGUAAAGAUGACUGCUCUGGCCUAAAAGAAGAACUGUGUAAAGAAUUCAGCAAGCUAGAGGAGGUUCUGACAAAGAAGAAGACAACCUUCUUUGGUGGCAAUACUCUUUCCAUGAUUGAUUAUCUCAUCUGGCCCUGGUUUGAACGGCUGGAAGCACUGGAUUUAACCAGGUGUAUGGAUCACACCCCCAAACUUCACCUCUGGAUGGCAGCCAUGAGGGAGGAUCCUGCAGUAUCAGCUUUCCACCUGGAUGUGAAUUCCUACCGAAGUUUCUUAGAUCUCUACUUGCAGAAUAGCCCCGAAGCCUGUGACUAUGGGCUUUGA